AUGUUUUCUACCAAAAAACCCAAGUUCAAGCUAGACUUCAACAUCAAGGAGCUCUCGAACAUCCCUCAUACGACUGGAUACUGCUAUGUUGAUGUUUUUGUCCAGGACGCUCACGGAGGAUUCCGAGCAGCAUUGUCUCUGUGGAAACCAGUCAAGGAUGACUCCAAUGACACUGAGUCCAAACUGUCUACAUCGGGACACGUUCAUGUAAGGACAUCAAAAAGGAAAAUCCACAACUUCCGCUGCCUGUUCAACUACAAUGUCUCGUGCAAUUUGCGUUUUCCUUACAAGAAGAAGGAUAACAUGAUAGGCAACAAGUACUUGUUGCUCAAGGUGUACUAUAUGGGCGAGAAGUCGUCCAAGUUUGAAGGCAACCAGGAGCUCGGGCGAGUGGAGCUCAAUUUGGCUGAAUACCUUAAUUUUUCCGGUCCCGUCACCGCCAAGUACUUGCUUCAGGAUUCCAAGGUCAACUCGAUUUUGAGCUUCAGCGUGGGACUUUCGGAACUCCCGUCGGACUUUGAGUUCCUGACCCAGCUUCAAAUCGACGACUCUAACCACCAUUCCACUCAGGCUUCUUCCUCCCAACUGCAGAAAAACGACUCCAGCUUCAAUGUGCCGCUGUUCCUGAAAAAGGCAGUUCUAGGCGGUUUGGACGGUGUGAUCAACUCACAGAGCGCAGAGGAAAGCCACAGGACGUCUGGUGAGGAGAAUGAGUCGAAAAAGGAGCCAAAGGAGCAGAAGGAGCCGCAAAACGAACAGAAGGAAACUCCACCCAGACAAACCUACGACAAUAUCAUCAUGGACCCGAUCGUCAGCGGGCUCUACAGAAACGUGCUUGAAUCGGCGUGGGAUCCGGAAAUGCUUGAAUUGCUCAAAGUCCCUCCUGAAAAGGUCGUGGAGCACAUAUUUAAUACUGGACCGGACGAGGACUGGAGAGAAGGCUUGCCUGUUUACAAGGACCUCGGCAGGCUUCUCAGAAGCGACAAAAGCAGAGAAAGGGACUCCAGCGGGCUUGUGGGCGAGGAGCUGUACCGUGAAGAUUUGAAGAGCUGGUCGAUUUCGUGGGUCUAA